AGGAUCCCUUGUUGACGAUGAAAAGGAAAGUACGGAUGAAAACACAACACACUACUGUGAUCACCCUGUCUACAGGGAAAUAUCACUCUCAAAUGGACGAAUAAACAAGAUGAAGAAAGAUGAAGUAAAACGAAUCCUCCUUGAACGUGGAUUGGACUCGCGGAGAGUAAAGGAAGUUCUUCAAAAGCGAUUGAAGAACCACAUCAAGAAAGCAAAAUUAGUGCAAGCUAAACUGGCCGAGGAAAAGAGGAUGAAUGAAGUUCAUUUUUACUGUGUUAUAGAUUUUCAGGCAACUUGUGAGGAAGAUAAUCCAAAGGACUACAUUCAUGAGAUAAUAGAGUUUCCUGCUGUACUCGUGGAUGCGACUACUCUAGAAGUGGUAUCAGAGUUUCACGAGUACUGUAAACCACACUGUAAAACACAACUUUCAGAGUUUUGUCAAGAACUUACUGGAAUUACACAGGAAACUGUAGACAAUGCUGCUGCUUUUCCAGAAGUCCUUUCCAAGUUUGAGCAGUGGCUUACAGAUCACAAACUUGGAUCAGAAUAUAAAUUUGGUGUUGUCACGGAUGGGUAAGCCAGCAUUUGACUCAUAUCAAUAUCUAAAUCCGCUUGGAAAUCUGAAGCUUCAUGCUACCAAACAGCUGUUCCAAAGCCUGAAUUUCAACCUCGCCUCCAGUCGGCUUCUUACUAGUCACGAUGCAAAUUAGCUGAUGAGCACAUCGGGAGUUUUUGUUCAAGUUUGGUGAUGACAACUAGAGAUUGAAAUGCAUUAACACAGGACAUAAGACGCUGCGAAACAGAACACUCUUCUUGGUCACUAAGACUCCACCUGUUGAAUAGUUUUUCAAGUUUGUCGUUUGUAAUCUGAUAGAGACUAGUUCGUAUUUUGUGAUCGUCCGGGUGAGGGUAGUUCUGAAAAGAACUGUUGUUG